GGUCAGUUAAUAAGGAAAAACGACACACACACACACAUCAGCCCAAAGGCUGUGUACCAAACGAACCGGCGACCUCGCUACCCAAGCGAGCAGAGUCGAAAACAAAGCGCCAAAGAUAGGGAGCAGUUUCUGCAAUAACGCGGUCAAGAAGAAGCUUACAGAGCUCAGCAGCUACUUGCUGUUGCAAAACCUCAGCCCUAGGAGAAUCACUGAGUUGGAACUUGGAAAUGGCGUUUCCAAGGAGCCCUGAUUCCAGUAUGAGCAGCUGUGCUUCUACUUCGACGCUGAGCAGCUGCUCCAGCUCCUACAUCUCCAUAGGCAGCAGCAACCCAAGCUCAUUUACGGCCACGGCAAUAGUCCCCACCGAGACAGGGCUAGUAGCUCCAGCCGGACAUCAGGAUCAGGAUCAGGAUCCUCCGGAAUCAGCAGCGAAGUUCCCUAAGCAAGAAAUCAAUGGCUGGGAGCAUCCAUACCUCUGUUCACCAUCCAAGCAACUCAAGAACGUAAGUACUUCCAUCAAGGAGAUCAGUCGCUGGGCAAGAUCUUCGCCGGGAGUAAAGGUGAACUCAAAUAUCCGGCUCUUGGAGUCCGUACUUUCUUUGAUACAAGUGGUAACUUCGACAGCACCACACCCAGAUCACAUCGUCGACAUGAUACGGGUCCAUGAUGCGCUUGCUAACCUGUUGCUUGUCCUGCCCAAGAACAUCUUCCCUUUCCUGGUGCAAAAUUUCGCUCAGAUUGUAGAUGAAUUAAGCCCAAAGGGAGGUGCAUCUUUAUCAGCAAGGUUUGAGAAGACACUGCAUGAUUUGCGAAGAAGCAUAAGGAGUGGUCUUCAGGAUCAGGAUGGCAUGGUUGAAAUGGAGACGCUGCAAGAUGCUGUUGCUACCUUGAUCUGUCACUUGGAAAUCAUGCUUGAGAAAGAAUCUCAUCGAUAUAAAGAUGCAGGGUUGAAACAAAUGUUCAUGGUGAAUAACGUGAGCUUUGUGUUGCAUCAAGUAGAAGGCUCAGAGAUAAAGUAUCUUCUAGGAGAGGAUUGGGUUCUGAAGCACCGAGACCAACUGAAGGACCACAUCUCACGGUUCAUCAACAUUUCUUGGGAAUCCGUCAUGUAUUGCUUCCAUGCAAAGACCAACAAAAUCCAAAUCUUUUCUAGCCUACCAACACUGCAGAUAUUUAACAUGGAAUUUGAUAAAACUUACUGGACUCAGAAGACAUGGAAAGUUGAAAAUCCUCUGCUCCGGUCCAAUAUGCGUAAAUCAGUAUCAGAGAAUCUUGUCCAGGCUUACAGUACAUACCUUGAGAAUCUCAAAAACAAAGCUCCAAAGCUUAUGAAGUACACCCCUGAAGAUCUUGAAGAACUGUUGUCAGAUCUGUUUGAAGGAUAAUGGGCAUAGCUAAAAAGAGGAUAAAGCACAGAUGCAUGUGACAAUACUUGUCAACAAAUCUGAAGGAUAAAUGGCCCCUUGAGCUAGGAGGAAGAUCCGAUUCAGAUGCAUGCUUCCAAAGCUUGCGUACUGAAUAUGGAACUGUAACUGAUAUAUCCUUGAUAUGUUAAGAUUGAACUGUACCUGAGGUUCUAGAA